UGAGUACUCUCCCUCCUCCCCGCAACUCAUCCCAUGACCCAACAGCACACGCUAUUCACUCGUUCCGUCGCUCGCGUUUGUCAUUCGGGAUGGAGCAACAUGGCGGACAUGAGACAUGAAGUACGGGUUGAAGAGCGUUUAAAAAUAAAAAUCGGUGAAGCAAAAAAUCUCCAGUGUCGUAGUCAUGGUUCAGUUGGUCAACGUGAUGUGUACUGCACAUUGACACUUGAUCAGGAAGAAAUUUUCCGCACUACUACUAUCGAACGAACUCUAAACCCCUUCUUUGGUGAGGAGUUUCAAUUUGAAGUACCAAGAAAAUUUCGCUACUUGUCAGUGUAUGUUUAUGACCGGGACCGUCAUCUGAAACAGGACAAGGUGCUGGGGAAGGUAGCCCUGAAACGUGAGGAACUGAAUAGCUAUCACAAUAAAGAUCAUUGGUUCCUCAUUCGACCCGUCGAUGCAGAUAGUGAAGUUCAGGGUAAAACACAUAUAGAAGUUAAAAUUGAACCUGUUAUAAAAUCAGUUGAUAAUGAGCAGCAGAACAGUAGAGCAGUUGUGAGGCUUAUUGAGUGCAGUGACCUGACAAUAAAAAAUGGAAACUGUGAUCCAUUUGCAACUGUAACUAUGUGCUACUCUAAUGGCAAGCAAGAAACAAGGAAAACAAAAGUUAAGAAAAAAACUGUUUCCCCUCUGUUCGACGAAGUCUUGACAUUUGAACUUCCAGGUUUGCGUGGCCAGAAUCAUGACAGGGAUACAUAUUCAAUUCAGCAAGAAGAUGUUGAAUUCAAUGAACUUCGUGUGAGCCUGUGGCAUGAUGCACCAGGGAUGUCAGACAAUGUAUUUCUUGGAGAAGUUCGCAUACCUUUGAGGGAGCAGCAACAGCAGCAGUUAGCAAGUACAAAUGCAUGGUAUUUCCUGCAGCCCCGAUCUACUAAAAACCGACCAAGUAAAUCUGUUGGCAAUGGUUCAGGCAUGUUGGGAAGUCCAUCCGACAGUCUUGGAUCUCUCAGAUUAAAGAUUCACUACACAGCUGAUCAUGUGUUUCCUAGUCAUGUAUACAGCCAGCUGCGUUCGUUAAUAUUACAAAGUGUACAUAUUGAGCCAGUCACAUCGAGUGCAGCAUAUAUACUCGGAGAGAUAGUGCCUUGCAAGUUGGAUGCAGCCCAACCACUCGUGAGAGUGUUUAUGCACCAUGGAGAAAUCGUUCCAAUGAUUCGCGCACUUGCACAGUGGGAGAUUUCUAAAGUCACUGAUGCAAAUACAAUUUUCCGUGGUAACACUUUGGUUUCAAAAAUGAUGGAUGAAGUCAUGAGAUUAGCUGGUCGCCACUACUUACAUAACACACUUAGACCAGCCAUUGACCUCGUUUUCCAGGAACGCAAACCAUGUGAAAUAGAUUCCAGCCGUUGUAAGGAUCCUAGUAUAAUACAAACAAAUUUAGCUAAUCUUAAGAUUUGUUUUCUGUUAUCUCAACAGGAGUACGUUGAAAUUAUAUUUCAAGCCAUCACAUCAUCAGCUCUCCAGUGCCCCACCGUCAUGUGCCAGCUAUUCCAUGAUCUCAAAGAGUUAGCAAGUACUCACUUCAAAGAUAAUAAGGAAGUCAAGUAUUCAGUUAUAUCUGGUUUCAUCUUCCUCAGGUUUUUUGCCCCUGCCAUUUUAGGACCGAAGCUGUUCGAUUUAACAACAGAACAAAUAGACUCUCAGACAAAUAGAACUUUAACUCUUAUUUCCAAAACAAUACAAAGCCUAGGAAACCUUGUAAGUUCACGGUCUUCCCAGCAAACAUUCAAAGAAGAAUAUAUGGUUGCAGUCCACCGAGAGUUUUAUACGGAAAAACAUAUUGAAGCUGUGAGACAGUUCUUGGAAAUAAUCUCAGCUUCGUCCAACCCAGGUCAUAGAAGUUUAGACUCUCCUGUUGUUCUCAAGGAAGGAGUUAUGAUAAAGCGGGCCCAAGGUCGGAAAAGGUUCGGGCGUAAGAACUUCAAGCAGCGGUAUUUCAGACUGACUACUCAAGAUCUCACAUAUUCAAAAACCAAAGGAAAGGAACCACUUUGUUCUAUUCCACUGGACAAAAUACUGGCCGUAGAACGACUACAGGAAGACUCGUUCAAGAUGAAGAAUAUGUUUCAGAUUGUUCAGCCAGAGAGAGCUUUGUACAUACAGGCAAAUAACUGUGUUGAAGAAAAAGAAUGGAUUGAUAUUUUGACAAAGAUAUGCCAGAGGAACAGCAAUCGACUGAAACGAUACCAUCCCUCUGCCUAUAUCAAUGGAACUUGGCUGUGCUGUAGGUCAUCAAAUGAAUUUGAACCAGGAUGCAAGGAUGUCUCACCAGGUUCCGAAGCAGGUCUUCAGAUGAAUUUAGAUCCUGACCGAGAAUUACAGAGAAUUCAUUCUUUAUUUAUUACACAUAUGGCUAAAGUGGAAAGUCUGAAAGAGUCCUGUGAAUGUCAAGCUGUAUAUACUGGUGAUCUGUGUUUCUUGCCAAAUUUUGUUAUUGAAGAUGUCCAGUCAUGUUUCAAGACACUGACACAAAUCUGUGAAGCUGCUUAUGAAUUGGAACAAGAACAUCGAAAUUAUUUAAGAUCUUUGGCUCGUGAAACUAAGUAUGGGAGCAAGCAAGCACCAAUUGGCGAUGACAACUACCUGUUACUUGCUGCUAGUUUUGGACGUAUGGACAACAGUAUCUUAAGAAAGACUUGCAGUAUACCUAACUGACAAUUACUUCUUUCAUCUUCUGUGAAGUAUGGGAGACUGUUGCUCCAACUAGAGCUUAUUUGGUGCUGUGAAGUUGAUGUUUGAGAAGAUUAAGUGGUAAUUACAGAGCUGGCACAUCAGUGGUAUUUUGUAUUUUUUCAGUUCUUUAAAAUUAAGCAUGUGAAAUUACGUGCUUAAUAUCAGAAAAGUGUAAUUGUGAGGUUCUGAGAAGACAGAAAUCGCAGUGGCAGUGUUCAAAAAGGUAGAGUUGAGAUUAAUGUUUUUUUCGUAGAAUUUUUUAUUGUACAAUAUGCAUAUGUUCUUGCAUGCAAACAUCCAUAUGCAUAGGAGUGCACAUGGCAAGUGCAAUAAAACAGCCAACUAGAUACUGACUAGAACAUAAAAUUUCUGCUAGAAAUAAAAGUGCAUUUGUGAUAACACAAAAUGGACACCAUGUUACUGCUGUAUAUUUAUAGUUGCAAAAACUGUAAGGUACAAUAAGAAAAGGGCAUUUGUAGGGACUGAUAGAUGAUAUGUUCUCAUUAUGCUGUUGGACAUUUUUAAAUGCAAAGUUUGGUGCUGUUAUAUGAUAAGAAAUCUCAUGUGUAAGAAUAUUGUGUGAUUGGGUAACUGGAAGCAUUUAGUCAUAUUGACAUUGUUCUGUAUCAAUCACUUACUUUUGUUUUAACUCUCAUUCCAUUGUGUAAGACUUGCACACCACACACAACAAAAGUGUUUUACUACUCACUAAUUCAUUGCUUUAUGAAAUGUGACUCAUAAAUUAUUUUAUAAAUUGUAUUGCAUGCAAAGGUUUUCAUUUCUGUAACAAUAGGUGCUAUUAUAAAUAUAUUCCCUGAGAUGUUGACAGCUAAUAUUAUAAUCCACAAAUGCUGAUAAUGUUUGAAGAACAGAUCACAAAUUAUUCAUUACAUAACACAAAAUUUUCACAUGCCUCUUUCCACAGUACUUCCAAGUGCAUUAUUUACAGAGAACAUUCACCUGAAUAUAGAGAGAUCAUGUCAAUAUUUAAAAAUUCCUAGCACUGUUCUCUCUUACAAAUAUGCAUUCCAAAACAAACUUUUAUUAGAUGUGAUUGAUUGAUUGUAAUUGGGCAUCACAGCCUCAAUAAAUUCCAAUGAGAAUAUGGUUAUUUCCCAAAAGACUUCAGCUACACUGACAUCAAUGCUGUCUCUCAAAUUUUAUGGAGUUACAGCAAAACUGUCUCUACACUCACAAGUAAGUUACUAUUCUCUUCACACUGACCUCUCUUGAACUGACUUGUUCUGAACUUCAGUGUGAGUUUUCCAUUGAAGAGUUGCCUUUUAUUCAUGUAACACCACUUGUACACUCUUGGCACAGAGUAAAUUUGUGCCCAACAAAUGGGGAACAGUCCAACUACAAGCCUUCUUUACUAUUGAGUUUUACUGAAUGGUAACAAAAUCUGUCAUUACCACUUCCGUCGUAUGUUGAUGAUAAUUUCCUGACUUCCACAGUGAUUCAUAGAAGGAAUACUGCUCCGAACUUAAAUAUAUUAGUUACUUACAUUACCUCAUUAGCUGCUACAGAGUCCUUGAAACAGUUCUCUGACUGCUCAAACACAGAGUGCAAUAGUUUGGCUACAAGUAAACAAAAAUUUAUUUUUAAUAUUUAACACAAAUUUGCCAUCUGUUCUUCAGAGAACCCUUAUCAGCUUGAAUGGUACUGUGAAACAGUGCAGCCUCAGUAGAAGAAAGUAAACUAUAUGGUCUACAAGUCAACCACAAUGUUAUUGCACCUGAGUGUGAUGGCAUUUCAGUCAGCUCAUGAGUUUACUUUUGCACUUGAAGUCCUUCAGAAUAUGCUCUGUUUUUCUAACAAUCAGACGACUUGUUCUUGAAGCUAUUCAGACUCCACAUUGUAAAAAAUAUUUCUGAUAAUGGCCACAGGAGGCCAAGUGCAAUAAUAUCUCAGUUGGGUAGUACAUAAAUUACACAAAUAAAAAUUGUUAUGUUUGAACUGAUGAGAUUCUAAUGCUGAUAUCGUGUAGUAUUGUAAAUCAUAGUCAUGGCUUGCUUCAGUGGACUUCAUUAACUCUAAAAUUAAUAAUUAAUUUUUACACAUCUCAUUCAUUGUGGGUCACAAUGAUUGUCUAACAUUCAGGUACAUAUAAAAUUGUGACAUUACACUUUAUCAAAUAUAUGAUUAUAAACAAAGUAUCAAUUGAAGGACAUUAUAUUUGCAUUGUUCUGAUUGUGAAAAUUCAAGAGGUAAUUUCUUAUACAUGUUUCACUAGCUCUGAUGCUGCACUGUAUCCCAUUUCCAAACUUUGCGGUAUCUUAAUGUGCUCUCUCUUUUUAAACCAUUGAGGUUCGUGUACUGGCUUCCUCUUUAGAUAUUAACGGUGUUUAUUGUUUAAAGUAAUGUUUAAUUGAGUGGUGUGUGUGUGUGUGUGUGUGUGUGUGUGUGUGUGUGUGUGUGCGCACGCAAGGGAUAAUCAGUGUUUUCCUAGCUACAUUUAUUAAGUUUAUUUAUUUCACUUUCAUAAGUAGUGUCAGAAGUGUUGUAUAUUAGUUUGUACAGUAUUUUCAUUGACAUGUUGUACUGUGGAGGAAGAUUUAGUUUCCUUACAUCACAAGAGGAAUUUUUUUGUCUCCAGAGAAACCGAUUUCAUAUUUCUGUGUGCCAAAGUGGAACGUGUCAUGUAUUUUCUUAUGCUGACUGAGCAAUUGUUAUCAGAAGCAAAGAAUAACAUUUGCUAUUAGCAAGAAAUGUUCGUUUUAUGUUUGUCAAAUUUUUAAUGACUUUGUACCAAUCUGAAGGCUGUGAAAUUCAACUCACAUUUCUGUGUACUGUUGUGUGUGAAAUUAUUUGUUCUUGUUUUGUAUAGUGUGAUUACCUAUGUAGAAUAGUAAUUACUUUUUAUUUUACAAGACCAUUGUCUUAAGUACAAAUGUUGAGCAGAAAUGCAAAUGUAUUUACAAAUGACUUAUGUACAUUACAAGAAUGAAGUUUGAUUACAAGUGUGUAAGGUAACAAUGUAAUGUAUUGUAAGGUUUUCCCAGUGUUCUCUUUUGUAAAAAAGAAAAAAGCUAACCUGUAAAUUUUUAGCUCUCAUAAUUUUAUACUUUAAUAUAAAGAAAGAUGU